AUGUUAAACAAACACACAAACUCAAGUCAAAACACGACACAAACUCAAGUUCAAAAACACCACAAACUCAAGUUCAAACACAAAAUCAAGUUCAAAAACACCACAAACUCAAGUUCAAAAACACCACAAACUCAAGUUCAGACACGACACAAACUCAAGUUCAACAAACGCCACAAACUCAAGUUCAAACACGACACAAAUUCAAGUUCAAAAACAACAGAAACUCAAGUUCAAACACGAAACAAACUCAAGUUCAAAAACACCACAAACUCAAGUUCAACCAAAACCCAAUUCUCAAGUUUAACAAAUUCCACACCCUCAAGUUAA